AUGGUUUUCGGAUUAGGAGGUGGCAGCUCAAAUGCUGGACCAGCACAAGCUACCGCACAACUAGAAGCAGCCGAAGCAGAGCUCGAGAUGGUAACAGAUACAUUCAACAAAUUAGUCGCUUCUUGUCAUAACAAAUGCAUCUCUUCAAGAUAUAUGGAAUCCGAUUUGAACAAAGGCGAGAGUGUUUGCAUUGACAGAUGCGUCUCAAAGUUCUUCGUGGUGAAUAAACUUGUCGGUGAAAGAAUGCAAGCAAUGGGCGGAGCAGCUGGAGGAGCUCAAGGCGGUGGCGGUGGCAGCUUCUUCUAA